UUCUUGGGUGAGCGUGGGUGUGGCUUGGGUGUGCUUGGUUUCCCCUGUGAUUUGCUUGGAAGAGCGCAACUUGGUGAAAUUUCGGUGGAGUUGACGCUCGCGUGGCGUGACAUCCCUACCACUAAAGCCACUGAAGUUACUUCCAACUGCCAUAGUGUGUGUGGUACGUCAUGCGGCAUCGCAACGCCAUCGACGUCAUGGCCGCCCGUCGCCCCGCCGCCCCUCCCCCCAAACAGCCUUACAAAAAAUGUGCUUGCGUUCUACAGAGAAAGACAGCGCAUUUGCCGUGCAUAUCAGAGUAUUACCGUACAUCAUAUCGACUAUCCCUGUGUCUUGCAGUCACCAUCCUUCCCAGCGUCCAAUGAUCCCAGCGAUCUAACGGCCUAAAAUCUCGUGACAACGCUAGCCGCAGACUUUUUCCACCGACUUGUCCCAGCUGUCCCCUUCAUUCGCUGACCACGCCUUGACAAUUCGUUGAUCUUGGUUGUCGCCCUCUCCGUCUGGGGCAAGUUCCCUGCUGGUCUCCCUAGUCCUUCCCUGUUGGACCCUUCCGGCGUGUUGCGACGGCGUCGAAUCCACCGACAAUCAUUGCCCUGUUUAUGAAUCGUGCGUAUAUUUGCGUGCUUCGCAUUGGCUGCCCUCGACAACCAACUCCCACACUGAUCCCACACCGGAUGCUUGGCGCCAAUUCCAGGCGGACCAAAACAACCCCGAAGCGAAACAAGCGUUCGUGAGAGUCCAUCCCGUCUCUCGUGUGCGCCGCUUCUUCGCCUUGUCGGCUAUCUGUGAAUCUCUUCUACUAUUACUUCUCCUAACUUCCUUCUCUUCUCUUCCUCUUCCUAUCUUUCCAUAAUUCGACGUCAAACUCUUUUUACUCACCAAAUAGAGUCUCAUUUAUCACUUAUACCUCCUGCACCUCCACACACUCGACUACAUAUCAGUGGCAUUGGGUAAGUCGCUCGUGUCGCGUGAUACUGAACCUGUGCUCUGCAUAGCAUGAUAUAAAAACGGCAAUCCCAUUGCUCGAGACGACCUGCCAUUGAUUUGACAUUUGUCACCAAAAAAAAAGGAUCAAGCGUAGUUUGACAGCUCACGACAUUUUUUUGAUAAACAGAUCGUAGCCGACGACUCACCACGCAGAUCACCAUGCCGCUCUUCCUGAACCCGUUUGGGAAGCAUGACAUUGAGGACUACCCAGAAGUCUACGUCCCGCUGGCCCUCAGUUCCCGCACUUCCGAUAAGGAAAAGAAGUCCGUAGGCGACGCGCCUGCAGACCGCGAGAGCGACCAGGAGAGCCACAUCGGCAGCCAUGGCGGCAGCAGCGAAGAUGGCUUCACCAUUGAGCAGCUGAGAGCCGAGAUCGACGCCGAGAUUGCGGCCAGCGGCACCGACUCGGCCUACGACCGCAAAUCAAAGGUCAUCAACCGCGCGAUCCAGGAUAUCGGCAUGGGCCGGUACCAGUGGAAGCUCUUCGUUCUGUGCGGCUUCGGCUGGUUGGCUGAUAACCUCUGGCUCCAGGGUGUCGCCCUGACGCUGACCUCGCUCUCGGCCGAGUUUGGCAUCUCGGACACUCAGGUCCGCUUCACCACGCUGUCGCUCUUUGUGGGACUGUGCAUUGGCGCCGUCUUCUGGGGUGUGGCCUGCGACGCGAUCGGAAGACGCCCUGCCUUCAACAUUACCCUCUUCAUGGCUGGUGUUUUCGGCCUUGCGGUUGGAGGUGCCCAGAACUGGAUCACCGUCUGCGGUCUGUACGCCGCGCUCGGAUUAGGCGUUGGCGGCAAUCUGCCAGUCGACGGUGCCCUGUUCCUCGAGUUCCUGCCAUUUGCCAGCGGGAACCUCCUCACCAUGUUGAGUGUCUUCUGGCCAAUCGGUCAGCUGAUCGGAUCGCUCAUCGCCUGGGGCUUCAUCCCAAACUAUUCUUGCGACCAGUCGCUCGGGUAUUGUGGCAACGUUGGCCCCGGCGAGGCGUGCUGUACCAAGGAGUUGAACAUGGGCUGGAGAUAUCUCAACUUUACCAUGGGAGCCUUCACCUUUGCCAUGUUCAUCUGCCGCUUCUUCUUCUUCCACCUGUUCGAGUCGCCGAAGUUCCUGCUCAGCCGUGGCCGUCAACGCGAAGCCGUCGCCGUCGUCAGAGGCAUUGCCUUCAAGAACAAGACCAAGACCUGGAUCAGCGAGGAGGUUCUCGACGCGAUAGGAGGUAGCUUGGAGGAAGUCCCAGACCAAGUACUCUCCACAAAAGACAUCAUCAAGCGCCAGGUCGAGAAGUUCUCCACCAAGCGCAUCGCGCCGCUCUUCGCCUACAAGCGCCUUGCGAUCAACACUGCGCUUUUGUGGUUCUGCUGGACCGCGAUUGGAAUGGGUUACCCGCUGUUCAAUUCCUUCCUCACCCAAUAUCUCACGAGUGUCGACCCCAAUGCCCCUCCUACGCCAACAGACAUUGUGUACCGCAACUACGCCAUCAUCUCCAUAUGCGGUGUCCCCGGCUCCAUCAUUGCCUGCUACACCGUCAACAUCAAGUAUGUCGGUCGCAAGGGCACAAUGGCCAUCGCCACCCUCAUCACGGGCAUAUUUUUGUUCCUCUUCACCAUUAGCACAAACCCUGACUUCCAGCUCAUCUUCACCUGCAUCGAGUCCUUCUUCCAGAACAUCAUGUACGGUGUGCUCUAUGCCUACACGCCAGAGGUCUUCCCAGCGCCGAGCCGCGGGACUGGGUCUGGUAUCGCCAGCUUCUUGAAUCGUGUUGCCGGUAUUUGCGCCCCCAUUGUGGCCAUCUAUGCCAGCAGCGGCAACCCAAAGGCGCCCAUUUACGCAAGUGGCGGACUUAUGUUUGCGGCGUUUGUCGCCAUGUUGGGAUUCCCUAUUGAGACGAGGGGGAAGCAGAGUUUGUGAUGUGGUGUGUGAUGUGUUUUAGACUAAGAUACCUUUUUGCUUAAAUGGAGUUUUUUUAUGUGGGAUUUUGUAUGCAGAGUGAAUUUGGAUAAGUAGAACAAAUUCGUGCCGCUUACUUAUUUGUAUGGGAUGAGAAUUUGUAUGUGACGAGA